CUUGCAUGGUGAUUUGAAUGAAGAAAUUUAUAUGACACAACAUGAAGGCUUUGUUGAAGAAAAUAAUAGAAGUUUGGUUUGUCGGCUGAAUAAAUCGCUUUACGGUCUGAAACAGGCGCCUAGAUGUUCGUAUAACUGGUUUGAUUCCUUUAUCGUGAGCUUGGGAUUUCAUAGAUGUGAAGUUGAUCAUUGUGCUUAUUUUUGUGAUUAUAAUGAUGGAUGCUUCUGUAUCUUGUUAUUGUAUGUAGAUGACAUGAUUAUUGCAGGAAAUAAUCCCACUUAUGUCUCUACAUUAAAAACUCAACUUGCUGGGGAAUUCGAUAUGAAGGACUUGGGAGCCGUGAAUCAAAUUCUUGGGAUGAAGGUAUUUAGAGAUAAAUAGGAUAGGAAGAUCUAGUUGAAUCAAAAGAACUACAUAGAAAGGGUUCGACGACGUUUCAAUAUGCAGAAUGCUAAACCAGUGAGUACCCCUUUUCUUGUUCAUAUUAAGUUGUCUUCAGAAUACUCACCCAGCAUUGAAGCAGAGAAGGUAGCGAUGUCUCGAGUACCGUACUCAUCAGCAGUAAGGAGUCUUAUGUUUGUUAUGGUCGGAACUAGGUCGGACAUUGCACAAGUAGUGGGAGCUGUUAGCAAAUAUAUGGCAAAUUCUGGUCGUGUUCAUUGGGAUGCAAUGAAGUGGAUCCUUAGAUAUUUAAAGAACACUUCAAGUGUUUCAUUGUGUUACAGGUCAAUAGAACCUGAUUGUGUUGGUUUUGUUGAUGUAGACUUUGCCGGAGAUAAAGAUAAAAGAAGAUCAACUUCUGGUAAUGUCUUUAUCAUGGCAGGUGGUGCAGUUAGCUAGGAGUCUAAAUUGCAACCGGUUAUAGCCUUAUCAACAACAAAGGCAGAGUAUAUCUCUAUCUUUCAUGCUUGCAAAGAAGAUAUUUGGUUGGAGAGGUUGCUUGCAGAAUUUAAAAUGAAGCAGGACACGUUUUCUAUGUAUUGUGACAGUCAAAGUGCUUUGUUAUUGGCUAAGAAUCCAACUUUUCACUCUCGCACAAAGCAUAUCGAUGUUUGCUAUCAUUUUGUUCGAUAAUUAGUUGAAGAUGGGAAGAUACUUCUGCACAAGGUUCACACAAGUUCAAAUCCAGCAGAUAUGUUAACAAAACCAGUGGCCCGUGACAAGUUCAAUUGGUGCAAGUCUUCAAUUGGACUUGAAGAAGUUUGAUUCCUUUUCAUUUUUCUGUUUGUUUUGUUUCAAGAAACGUGUCUUCAAGCGGGAGAUUGUUGAAGACCAAGUCAAAUAAGACUGUUAGUGGAGUCAUAAUAAAGUGGAGCUGCUGGAGCAUACCAGAUUUUUUAUCUGAUAUGAAGCCAGGUUUUUAGUAGAGAGUUACAACAAACUUCUGUUGUUUUGCUGUUUAUAAAUAAGGAGAAUGAUCAGUUGCACUGUGUGUCAAAUUCUCAUCUUUUCAUCAUAUUUUUUUGUUAUAGUUGUUCUGCUUUCAAUAUUCAACAAUAAAAGUCAUUUCAGUUU